AACGAAAGGGAGGAGGCAUUGACAAGGACGCCGCCCUCGUCGAGCAUCGCCAUCGAGCUCCGCCCCCAUCGACGGCCAUGGCGACGGAGGAGGUGCAGGUGAUCCACUCCUGGUCGGCCCCCAGGUCCCUCAGCACCAGCCUCAUGUACUCGUUCGCUCAGAGGGACGACAUGGAGGUGGUUGAUGAACCUCUUUAUGCAAACUUCUUGACGGUCACUGGCUUGGAGAGGCCCUACCGCGAUGAACUCCUGUCCAAGAUGGAUUCCGAUGGAAAUAAGGUAGUCAAGGAAGUGAUUUUUGGGCCCGGAGAGAAGAAAUACCGGUACUGCAAGCAUAUGGCAAAGCAACGACUUCCGAAUUUGUCGAAUGAUUUGAUGAGGAAAGGAAAGCAUUUUAUAUUGAUACGUAAUCCUCUUAAUAUCUUGCAAUCAUUCAAUAAAGUUGUAUCACCUUCAUUUCUUGAGCUGGGUUUGGGAGAUCUUGUAUCGAUAUACAGUGAGCUUUGUGAAUUGAGUAAAGCUCCACCUAUAAUAGAUGCUGAUGAUUUACAAAAAGAUCCUGAGACUGCCCUGCGUGGUCUUUGUCAAGAUUUGGAUAUCCCAUUUCAGACAUCAAUGCUCAAGUGGGAAGCUGGUCCAAAGCCAAUUGAUGGAAUUUGGGCGCCUUGGUGGUAUGGGAGUGUGCACAAGUCGACAGGUUUCAAAAAACCACACCUGUAUUCUGUGACUUUUCCAACUGAGUUAUAUGACCUGCUAGAACAAAGUCUGCCUUUCUACAACAUGCUCAGGCAACAUUGUAGGAGAUUGGUAUCUUCUCUGCAUCCUUCAUUACCUCUUCCUCAUCUUCCUGUCCCAGCCAAUGAAAAGUUGCUUGUUUGGGUUGGUGAUCAGCUCUUACCUCGUGAGAAUGCCAAGGUGUCAGUGCUUGAUUCAGUUGUACAAGGUGGCGAUGCAGCAUGGGAGGGACUUCGUGUAUACAAGGGGAAGGUUUUUAAGCUUGAUGAACAUUUGGAUCGAUUGUUUGAUUCAGCCAAAGCUUUAGCCUUUAGCAAUGUUCCAAACCGAGAAGAGAUAAAGGAAGCUGUCUUCAAAACACUCAUUUCAAAUGGGAUGUUUGAUAAUGCUCAUAUUAGACUCACUCUAACACGUGGCAAUAAGGUUACAUCUGGAAUGAGUCCGGCUUUUAAUCUUUAUGGAUGCACUUUAAUUGUGCUUGCUGAGUGGAAACCACCAGUCUAUGAUAAUUCAGGCGGCAUAAAAUUGGUUACUGCAACCACUCGUCGUAAUUCUCCAAAUAGCAUAGACUCCAAGAUUCAUCACAACAAUCUUAUCAACAACAUAUUGGCCAAGAUUGAAGGCAACCUUGCCAAUGCAGAUGAUGCCAUCAUGCUAGACAAAGAUGGUUUUGUCUCUGAAACUAAUGCCACAAACAUUUUUAUGGUAAAGAAGGGGCACGUAUCCACACCUCAUGCUGAUUACUGCCUUCCAGGCAUAACUCGGGCAACUGUUAUGGAUCUCGUUAUACAAGAGAAUCUAAUUCUACAUGAGCGACGCAUAAGUCUAUCUGAGUUUCAUGCUGCAGAUGAGGUUUGGACAACUGGAACAAUGGGUGAACUUACACCAGUGGUGAUGAUCGAUGGCCGCGUGAUUGGCAAUGGAGAAGUUGGUCCGAUCACGAGAAGAAUACAAAAUGCCUACAAGACCCUGACCGCAGAACUUGGUGUGCCAAUACCCACGCAUGCAGAUGCAGAGGGAUAAUGCCAUUAAUCUGACUGGCUCUGUUGUAGUUUCUCUUAUAGUAGCACUUUUGGUUGGGUGGUUUCUCCCCCACAACAUUGAAUCCUGCUAUUAAACAUGGAUAAUGCUGGGUUGUCUCUCAAUCCUAGUUUGUUUUACUCUUUUUUCA